CUCGAGGGAGCGUUCGAGCGGGCAUUCUCUUUCUCGUGCUCGACUUUACAUCGUCGACAAUGACACGCCGGUGCCCGGAAACGUGCAGGUGAAACCACUCGACGGAAACGCGCGCAAGAUUGUUCGGUGUUCAUCGAGGAAUAGUGUUUGCCAAGGAGUAGUAACCAUUGAUAGGAGCCAGUAAACGUUCCAGUACCAGUAUACGAGCAGUUAGUCUCAUCGAUUUCGAGAAAGAGAAAUCCUCGCGCGAUACAAUCAUGAUGUGGAGCAAUAUGACCUGCGUGGACGACUUCUUGAACCGAGCGUUUCACAAAUUGGGCCUUGUGGUGGGUCGCCAUCCCGGCUAUUUCGUGGUUAUUCCGGUACUGGUAGCCUUUAUCUGUUUCACCGGCUACCAGAGGAUUCAUUACGAGAUCGAUCCUGAAUACCUCUUCUCGCCGACCAAUGGCCCGAGCAAAACGGAGAGGGCGAUCGUGGAACAGUACUUCAAGGUCAAUUACAGCCACCAUUUCAACCUGGGACGCAUUACUAGGCCAGGUCGAUUCGGUCACGUAAUUAUAACGUCGAAGGAUGGAAACGAGAAUUUGCUGAGAAGAGCUGUUUUUGACGAGUUGGCUCAAUUAGACGAAGUGAUUAGAACCGCGAAAGCAACAUACGAGGGUGAAGUGUUCACCUACGAACAAAUAUGCGCCAGGUGGUUGGACAAAUGCUUCGCCAACGACAUCCUGAAACUCUCGGAUAUCAUAGAGGAUGUGGAGAAGAGGGAGCUGAACUUGACGUUUCCGGUGAUGUUCAAUCCGGUUACCUGGGAGAUUCAUUUUCUGCCAGUCUACUUCGGUGGGAGUGUGAUCAACGAAGACCUGGUUGUGGAAACUGCACCAUCGAUGCAGCUCGCUUACUUCCUCUCUGCUGACAGCUCGCGCCUAGAUGCAAUUGGAGCGGCGUGGGAAGAAGCUUUCCUCGAAACCGUUAGGAAAGUUGAGGAAGAAGGUGUCUUCAAACACAUCGCCACAGCGAGGUUCGCUUCCAGGACCCUCGAGCUCGAACUAGAGGAGAACACAAAGACCAUCGUGCCUUACUUUUCGAGUACGUUCAUCCUGAUGGCUGUCUUUUCCGUGGCGACUUGCAUGAUGACCGAUUGGGUGCGUAGCAAGCCUUGGUUGGGGCUGCUUGGAAAUGUUUCCGCAGCGAUGGCCACCGUAGCUGCGUUUGGUCUCUGCAUCUACCUAGGCGUCGAUUUCAUCGGUCUCAAUCUGGCUGCACCGUUUCUCAUGAUUGGUAUCGGAAUCGACGACACAUUCGUGAUGCUGGCAGCUUGGAGACGUACCAGUAUCAUGAAACCGGUACCUGAAAGGAUGGCCGCGACUCUGAGCGAGGCUGCUGUCUCGAUUACGAUAACCUCGUUGACCGAUAUGAUAUCGUUUUUCAUCGGGAUCCUCUCACCUUUCCCGUCGGUCCAGAUCUUUUGUAUCUAUUCGGGAUUCGCGGUGGUUUUCACUUUCGUCUUCCAUCUGACGUUCUUCACGGGAUGUGUGGCCAUAAGCGGCUACUGCGAGCAGAAGAAUCUCCACAGCAUCAUGUGCUGCAAAGUUCAACCACUCUCCAAGUCCAUGCACCGAUCUUGGCUGUAUAGAGCGUUGUGCUCAGGAGGAGUGAAUCCAGAUGAUCCGUACAAUCCGAUCGAUAAUCCAGAGCACGGCUGCAUGAGUUGGUUCCGCGAUUACUUGGCUGUUGCGUUGAACUGUCGACCCAUCAAGGCCAUAGUCAUUCUAAUAUUCGUGUGUUACCUGGCCGGUGCACUCUACGGAUUAACGACUCUUCAGGAAGGCUUGGAUCGUCGCAAGCUCUCCAAGAAUGAUUCCUAUUCGAUCGUCUUCUACGACCGCCAAGAUUACUACUUCCGGGAAUUUCCUUAUCGGAUACAGGUGGUUGUCAGCGGCGAGUACGACUACAGCGACCCGGUUGUUCAGCAACAAGUAGAGAACCUAACGAGGUCUCUGGAGGCCAGCGGCUACAUCAGCAGUGCUCCUAUCUACACAGAGAGCUGGUUACGAGGAUUCCUCAACUACGUGAACUACAGCGGGACGGAAGUAAACAUCACGAACGAGGAGAGCUUCAUAACAACUCUGAAGGAAACUUGGCUGUCCCCGAAAACCAGCUUCUCUCUGGAUGUAAAGUUCGACGAGGCGGAAGAGCACAUCGUGGCGAGUCGAUUCAUGAUCCAAGCGGUGAACGUGAGCGGAACCAAUCAAGAGAAGGACAUGGUGAAGGAGCUGCGUCGUAUUUGCGCGGAUUCACCUUUGAACGCGAGCGUCUUCCAUCCGUACUUUGUGUUUUUCGAUCAAUUCGAGUUAGUGAAGCCGACGAGCAUCCAGUGCAUGGUGUUCGGUGCCCUGAUCAUGAUGCUGAUCAGCUUCAUCUUCAUACCAAACGUCCUGUGCUGUCUCUGGGUGGCGUUCUGCAUCAUCUCCAUCGAAUUAGGAGUCGCUGGAUACAUGGCCCUCUGGGACGUUAACCUGGACAGUAUAUCCAUGAUCAAUUUAAUUAUGUGCAUUGGCUUCAGCGUCGACUUCACCGCCCACAUUUGCUACGCCUACAUGAGCUCCAAGCAGAAGACUCCCGACGACCGGGUCAAGGAGAGCCUUUACAGCCUUGGGCUACCGAUAGUCCAGGGUGCCACUUCCACGAUUCUAGGCUUGGUCGCCCUGGUUCUCGCCGGCACCUACAUCUUCAUGGUGUUCUUCAAGAUGGUAUUUCUAGUAAUCUUUAUAGGAGCCAUGCACGGCAUGCUCUUGCUUCCCGUUUUGUUGUCCCUGUUCGGCCCUACGACUGUCGAUGAUGAGGACACCGAGCAAACGAAGCAGCGAAAAUUAGCGAUGAGAGAGAACGAGCUGAGCGGCAAGCUUCAGCAGCCAUACGUGAUUCCACACCCUAGUAUCUCUUACUAUCAUCACGCGGGGAAGAGUCUUCAGGGAAGUCCCGCGACCAGCCUGGCCGCGUUCGAAGAGAGAGAUCCUGGACUAGGGACCAGCGAAGACAGCAACUCGACGGAGAGCAGCUCCUCGCAGAGCAGACAACGGGAGAGUCAGCUGGAGCAGGAGAACAACAGGCGUCAUGACGUCUGGAGAAGAUCCAUCGGGGUUCUCUACGGCAUGUCCCAGUUCCAGACAGCCGCGCAACCCGUAUCACCACCGCCAGACUAUGCUGGCGCGUUGCAGGAGCUCCAGGCUGAUCUGGAGCGUCGCACCGUCAGAACGGUACCCUACAUCGGGCCCCAUCCCGCCUACAGGUCUGCCAAUCAGCUUCACAGCGACCACAGAAGAAGUAGGUCGUAUCACAACAUCCACCAUUCCUCGAGGUAUCUGACAGACCCUCGGUAUCCUUAACGAUGACGAGGCUCACGGAUCUGGCCAGCAGAGCUCCACGGAGGAGAAACUUUCAAGGGCUUCUUCUUCUUCUCUCUUGGAAUUCAAUCUCAUGUUCGAAUUCUCGCUACAUUCGAUUUUCUAAACCAAGAAACACUUUACAUUAAGACCUGUCGAUCGGUGGAUUUGGUCUGAUUCGGAUUUGCUGGUUACGAAUAUCCGUCUAAGAAAACUCGUUGGAUUCUAUGCUCUCGUAUUGGAGAGAAUAAAUCGAAACUCUCUUAACGAAUCUUCACCGAGGAGAUCCGUCGAAGUGGGCAGACUACGUUUGAACGAGUUCGAUGAACUCCGGAACUAUGAACUCGCCGAUCGAGGAGCAAACCGCGAACCCGUGAAUCGAUCGAGCGACGUGGAAGUGACUUGUAUUUCAAGUGCGCGAGAAACGCGUUUGCUGGAUAGAUUGUUUUUUAGCACGCGACGAAUGUAGGAAGUUUAUUGGAUUUAGUAGUGCGACGAGUCUCGGCGCGAUGUUACCGUGAGAAGCUGUUUCAGCCGUGACGAGAAUUGGCCUGAUUCAAAUCUUGCGCGGUUGUGAUUAUGGCGCAGUCUUAAUCGCGCGAUGAAAGAAACUAACGAUUCAAGGACCAAUUAAUUGUUUACGAGAAAAGUAGGUUAACCCCUUGGCCUGCGACCACCCGUGAGACUCGUGGUACGGAAUUCGGGACGAAUAUGAAAGACACGAGUCGGACACGUUGAAGAAAGGAAGGAGCGUGAUAGUGAACGGUAGGGCAAGGGGUUACUUUAAGAGGGUAGAAUACAGUGACAGCCCCAAAAAGUAUGAUUAAUAUAACAUACUUCGUUAUAAUAAUAAAUGAAUUUUAAAAAAUCCUGGUGAUAUUUAAAAAAAAUAAUUGUUUUCGAAGCCUUGCGAUGCAUCGUAUUGGGAUAAAUUCCGGCAAAUCGAAAGAAGUUAUAACAAAAACCCCAGACAUCAUAAAAUGCAAUAUUUUAUUCUAUAAAUUUUUUUUACAAACUUUACAUGCCUGCCAACAUGUUAAUUUUUACAAAAAUAGACAUUUUUCUAGACAACACAUUUUUUAAAAUGUAUCAAGAUUUUUCUUCUUUCAUGUAAUAGUAAACCAAAAUACGCAACCUUAUAUUAAUCGACCGUUCACUUUUUUUGUUAUUGCUGUUUCUACCCGUUAAUAUUUGAUGAUACUAUGAUAUCCCAAGUGAAAAUAGUUUGAUUCUUUCGAAGUCAAACUGAUUGUUUGUACCUAAUCAGACGACUCCUCUACGGUCAACUCUGUUGUUCCUUCUACGACAUUUUAUAAGAAAUUUUAUUAUAAUAGUAUGCUUCCAAUAUAUUUUUCUCUUUUCUGUAAAGUUUUCUAUGCGAAUCGUAGCUUUUAGGGAUAUUUUUGUAACUUAUGGAAAGAGUCCAACGCGAUCCGCGACAAGAUGUGGAAUACUGAUUUGAUCGUGAGGGACAAUUGGUAAUAACGUAGAGUGAUGUUUCUAUGAACGAUACGAAUAGCAAUUACGUAUUCGUAUACACUGCUGCACAAAAGUUACAGGACCCCUGCUAUUUUUAAUAAUCUAUGCUAUUUUACCCUUGUUACUCGAUGUAGUUGUACUUGUAGAUAAAAAUUGAUGAAUUAUUUAACUUUUUAUUUAGACUACGCCAUUGUGUCAGUCUCUGCGUACCGUGACUGAAAAGAAGCUGAAGAAUCGACUCCAUAUUGCGUCUAUGUGAAGAUUAUAGUUCGUUAGACAGUCUACGUGUAAACAAUAAUAACGUUGAUAUUCAAGAUUUAGUUAAUUUACUAAAACUACCAAGGUCAACGCAUAUCUAUUAUGGCAAUCAUUCGAUUAAGACAACUUCUCCAUAUAUAUUUAAUGUUAGUCAUUCGACAAUAGUGUAACUAAUUAUUUUAGGUAGUUCAAAAAAUAUAUUCGACAUUUUCGUGGUACGUUUUGUAAUCAAGGCAACGGGUAAACUCCUAUUCUUAGUUUUUUUUUUAAUAUGACCAUGAUUACGAAAGAUGCGUAAAUUAUAUUCCAACAAGAAUGAAGUGAUAUCUCAACUGAAACUAUAGGAAAACUAGCCUAAGUGUCGUUAAAGUAGAGGUAUAUCGAUGAAAAGAUAUUUUAUGGUAAGCUUUCUAAAAUAUUCAAAUUUAAAAAAUAUUACCCGAAGAAAUAGGUAAAUCAACACAGUUGUAGUUAACAUACAUUAAUGCAAGACAAAUGCGAUAAUCUUUCAUUUUUUUAGCAAGCUUUCGAAUGUAUAAAAUAUUAAGAGCUAGUUAAGCUUCUGUAACUUUUGAACAGCAGUGUAUGUUUGUUACGCAUAUACAUAUUUUUACUUGUAUACACAACGCGUUCACCUACCAUUGAGUUCGUCGCUCGGUUUCUUUGUUUUUCCUUUCUUUUUUAAGAAAAUUAUACGAAUACACAUAAUUAUAUUUAGUGUUGCGAAACAAAAUGGCAAAAGUUACCGCGCACGAGUGAACCAAGAAUCGCGAAAGACGACGGUUCGCUUCGAUUUUACCGAUGGUUCUUUGCAAUCGUUUGAUUCUUACGAUCCACGGAUCUAGAAACACGGAAUAUUCUAUGUAGUGUUUAAGGAAGUGUUCUCAAAGAACGACAUUCUGCUCAAGAGAAAUCAAAACCAAAACGUGCAACAGGGGAGUGAAUCUUUUGUUUAAACUAGAUUUUAACCCCCAACCUAAGCGUACCUUCGACGAAUCGAAAACUGGAAAGAAAAUCGUUUCGUGAAAUAAUAGUAUGUUCUCGUGCUUGUUUUGGCAGGAACAAAUUAACGAUUAUCCGUCUUAAUGAGAAAACAAUGAAGAUUUUCGACCAUCAAGCUUUUGCUCCUUCACGAAUUUUCACAAAUGUUAUUUGGAAGAGUAACGAUGUUUUUCAUAGAGUAAAAUUAAAGAGUUUUCAUAAAUCGAGAAGUUCAUAAAUUGCUUCAUAAUUAGAAGGCGGCGGAUAUUUAUUCGCAAAUUCAUAUUUUCACAGACACGGAAAAAAAAUUAAUGCUCAAACGAAAGUAUGUUCAACCUUCUAAACGCCAUAAUAUUUAUAUUAUUAUAGUUGAUGUCUUAUAUAUUCUUGUCCUAUAUUCUAAACUCUUCUAAUUCUCAUAGAUUUCCUCAUACUUCCUUUCGCUAUAAAUGCAUAAAUAUUCGCAGUCCAAUAUUUUUUAUUGUAUUUAUUUAACAUGAGUCAACUCAUACAUUUCAAUGUUAUUAAAAUGAACUAUGCAAUCACAGAAGAUUCUCUUUCUAAUAUCUACAAUUUUAACAAAUUCGACGAAAGUCAAUGUUAUUAUACAAAGUGUCCCGUAUAAAGUUUCACAUGCUGCUUUCUCAGAAACUAAUAAAAAUAUUGACUUCAUUCCUAUUAUUAACAAUCGCGUUGGCUUAGUACAAUAAUAAAACAGUAAUUAUGAAACAAUUUGUGAACAAAAUAAAGUUCGUGUAACCUUUACACCGUUACAAAAUAAAAUUAUUUCGUUCAUUGGCAAAUGUUUAUUGCUCGUUAAGACUAAUAAAAGUUUUAGAUCCAUCGAUUCGUGUGAUGCACAUGAUAAAACGUAUAUCGUGCCUUACCGAAAAAAGGAGCGUGAUUCUUAAUAAAGAAAAGAUAAAAAAAAAGAAUAGUUUGUGUCAAACGGAGGUAAAUCCAACCGUUUGAUGAUUGGAAUUUAGCUGAAAAUAUCGGCGGGCAUUCGAGCGUGAAAACAAGUGUGAUUGCGAUGAGAUGAGCUUUGAAAUUGGCAAAUUCUAGAUCAAAGUUUCGAAUAACGAAUAAACGAUAAAGAAUUACUUAUUCGUUUCUAGUGAAAUAAAAAUUUGAACGAUGGAAACAAAAAUGUCUCGACGAUCAACGAAACAUUAAACUGUUCGAUCGAAAUAACGUCCUGCGAAGUGUUAUAAGUUGGUUUCGUACGUUAUCUAUCGUUCGAGUGAACUAUUGCUCGUCUCUGGUUCUACAUAGCCGAGGAAAACAAUGGCCGUCCUGUGCAUUCGGCAGGACUUUUCUUGUACAACGAUGAUCGAGUAUGCUUGUUACGUAUGAGAGAGUGCACGGUGUACUAUGCAUUGUUGCACUAUGCGAAAAAUUCUUGUAAACUAAAUAUAUUCUGGUAACGAUUUUACGAUUAACCUUUCUCAGGGUUUCCUAAUUCUUUCCACCACCAACUAAUGCAUAAGUCGGUCAUUUUCAUUAACGAAUGUUAAAUUAGAAAAAUGCGCACAUAAUAAUAUUUACAUUAAUUAUAUA